AAUUAUCUGACUAAAAGUACUUUACUCCAGUUGUCCAUCUCAGGGUGUCAACAACUAUCUGAGGUAAAGUUAAAGGUAUGUUUAACGGUUAUUGAUUGAUGAGUGAUAAUUUUUGCGGCAAAAGAAUAUAUAUGCACUUUGAUAUUCACUGUAGUCGAAGCGAUAUAUAUUUUUUUUUCACCCGUGUGAGCUCGUACUUAUAUUUUCUUUUAUUCAUGGCUUAGUAGGCAAUUCUGUGUUUAAACGCGAGAGUGGGCGCGGUGCCGCAGCGAAAACGCCAGUUUUAAAAUGAAUUCAGAGUUUGAAAAAACGGGGCCCGUUUUUUCAAACUUUGUCCCGUUUAUUCCAAUUUGCUGCAUGGCAAGUGUAGGCGAAUUUCCCUGGAGUUGAUUUCUAGAGGACCGCACUCAAGUUUAGAGAGGGAAAAAGAGAUUCGUUGUCGCUUGUUUACGUCCUCCAAAAAACUGACAAUUAGGCACUUUCCCGUCGUAGUCGUGCAACGACGGUAAAGAAAUGCACAAAAAAGCGUGAUGCACGUGCAAACUUGUUGUUUUGCGUAAUAAACCUAUUGCUUUUUUGACGUCCUCGCUGCCGUCGCCGUCGUCGUUGCUAAAGCUCCCUUAAGAUGCGAGGACGGCGACGACAGGUAAAACGUCGCUUACAAAGUGAAUUCGGGGUUUUCCAAUCAUCAGUUGCGACUAUUCCAUCUCGCUUUCUUUGUCGAAUGUACGCGAAUUCUUCUGGAGUUGAAUUCCUAAGAGCACAGUAUCCAAGUAAAGAAGGAGAAAGAAAAUUUCGUCGUUGCUUGUUUACGUCCUCUAUAAAACAUGAAAUUAGACAUUUUCACGUCGUAGUCGUGCAAAAACGGCAAAGAAAUGCCCAAAAGAGUGUGAUGCACGUGCAACGUCGUUGUUUUGCUAAUUAAAACUAUUGCUUUUAUGACGUUCUCGUUGCCGUCGCCGUCGUCUGAUCUAAAGGUCCCUAUUCUUUUUGUCUCUUUAGUCUUAAAGAAAUGCACAAACGUAACAGUCACUGACCAGUUUUGUCAAUGUACGUCUGACCAGCUUAGCUAAAAAUACUCAACUUCGGUUCAUUUUACUAAACUGGAAAACAUCUUGAACAUAAUCACAAGAAUGUCCUUGCAUAUAUUAAUAAAAAGAAAGUCAUUUGCCAUUUAUCUGUCGCAAAAGAAAGAACUAUUGCAGUUAACCGACGACAAAUUAGACGAAAUGUAGUGACUCUAAUAUUUGGCAGUAUCACUGUAAACAGUAUACCUUGAACAUAUAUGUUUGAGGCAAUCCAAAAACACAUAGUAACUUUGCACAAAAAGCUGCCUAAAAAUUAGAUAGUGUAGGUUAGUCUUUUUUUGGUACUCUAGCAAUAUAUAUUUUUCAGAUAUAAUAUCUUUUUACGGGUUUGUCUAUAAGCCAGUUUUUCCUGAAACUGAUAGUGAUAGUUUCUUCAAUUCAGUUGUGAGUGUCCUGAUCAGACAACGAGACGUUUAUUCUUGACUCAGCUAGCAAUGAAGGUGCAGGUUAUUAUUGCCCUGAUAGCUUUAGUCAGAUGCUACACAGCAGUUUCGAGGUGGGUGAUAAUUAAUACAUUUAUUACUUACACGCUAUCGAGAGUUAAAUUAACUAUAAUUGUCCAUUAUAACUAAUGAAAUCCACAUUAAAAUAUACACAGCAGGAUCUACGUCCUUUGUGAAAACUUUAAGUAUUUAUAGGUCAGACUAAACAAACUCAGCCUGACAGCUAUGUUUUGAUGAAAUGGGGAGAGACAAAAUAUAACAGCUUACUGCUAUAACGAAAAGAAUCUGAAAACACAACUAAAAGACUGAAGCAUGCAUCCACGAAUUCUAACGACGAAAAAAAUGUAACUUUCAAUCUUUUCCCUAGCUCUUCGUCAAUGGUAAGAGAUGAAUCUAAGAGGAGCGAUUUCAACAAGAAACUUUUGCAAGCAGCUGAACUGUAAGUACCACUGGCAUAUGAUCAGAACCGCUCCCGUGAUUCUUAAUCACGUGACCAGAUCAUCAGUCAUGAGUCAAGUGUCUCCUUACAUUGAUCGUUUUGCCCUAGUGGUCCUCCGAUUUGUGUUAGAAUUAGAAAAUUGACGUGAUGUCCACUGGACUUAUACUCAGGUGCUUAGGUAAAACCGAUUUCGAUCGCACAAUAGAGAGAUUCAAGUCUGUAUCACUUAUACUAAUAGGGAUUUACUUUGCUUCUAAGGUAUUUGUUGACUCGCCAAUGUGAGAUCUCACUUCCUCAGAAGACCAGCCUUGUUUGUAGAGCAAAGAGGUUUUUGGUACUCACGAAAAUGAAGAAGAAAUGGGAUUUGGAAGAAAGCUAUGGAGGUUUCGCUCUGUUGGACUCCCCGGGUAAAUGGGCCUUCUUAGCUACAGCUUUCAAAGAUCCGUUUAGACGAUUCAACUUGGAGGGAUAUGUUCAAACUGUCUUCGUGAGCGAUUUAAGUAAGGUCGUCUACGAAAGUCUGGUUAACAGUAUCACGGAAAAGGAAAUUAGCCACAACUAUAACUACCAGAUUUUAUCAAAAUACUUCGAGUUGGCUGCCAAGCUAGGAGGGGUAAGCAUAAAAUCAUUUUUCCAAGGCACACCGUCAGUUAUUUUAAGGUAAUUAUUCAUGAUGAUAUAAGUAAAAGUAACGUAACUGGCAUUAAGGCUUGACUCCACAAGCUUCAGAGCAGUAAUAAUUAUCUAGCUGAAAUAAAUUAAAGGCCGUUGGUAUUCACCUUUCUUUCUACUAAGCAUCAACCCAUAACUGUUAAAUAUCUCAAGCUAGCCUAAAGGGCACCCAGACCGAGUCUCAAAUUGUUUUCUCUAUGCUUCAGAAGCCUGUUUGGUUACUUUGGCGCUGUCCUAAAAUCUAUUUAUCUGCUCCGAUGUCUUAGAGAAACUUUGGUCGUCUUGAAAGGUUUAAGUAGCUUUUUGUCUCACCCAAAACUUUUAGCUAACCAGGAUGGGUUCGGUUGAAAGUUUAAUGUCAUGGAGUAGCCGCACAUUCAUAAGAAAAUUCUAAGGGAAGUUUCUCCUUUAAACAGAAAUUGUUCAGGAGACCUUUCCUAACAAUAAACGUAAUAUCUUUAAUAAUAAAAUAUGAGAAACAAAACCUUCGAAAAUCGUAGGUAAAUUGGAAGAAAAACUCACACUGAAAACUCCGAAAAUCCUGGCCGACGAUUUGAACGGUUCUCAAGAAAUUUUUAGCCUUUCUCGAGCUUUCAGAAAUCAGUUUUAGGCAAUAUUUGCUUCUUCGAACAGUUACUUUACAGAAGAAAUUCGUCGGGUGCCCCAGGGCUGUGUCAUGUGAAAAUCAUUUUCAAGGUAAAAAUAUUUACACAUGAAUACUUUCACUAACAGCUAUAAAGACAUAAGUGACUUCAUACACAUUAAAUAUUUUCACUACAAAUUCAAAAAUUAUAAUAAACUGAUCUCGAAUUCUAAAUGAAAAUUACACAAAUGAUUAUUGUACGAUUAGGCUUUGUUCAGACAGGUAAGUGAAUAUUCCGGAUGGCAAGAACGCCCCCUUGCCAAACUCGUCCCCAGAGCGUCCGUCACUUUUGUCCAGCCGAUGAGGCAACAACAGCUCUGGAAGAAUCCAAAACCGGAACCUGGUUCCGGUUUAAUUGCGCCUGCUUGAAAUUGUUUACCCAUUUGACUAAGAAAAGUUCUCAAGGAAAAUUUUCCUUGCUGGCACAUUGUUACAAUUUACUCUUUCCAAAGCAGUUUUUCUUUCUGUGACCUUUGGUCGAUGUAUUUGGUGAAGAAAAUGUACAUUUAUUUAAACGACGAAUGAACAUUUGUUAGUCACGACGACAUACAUUCUUUCGUGCUCAGAAUGAGCACAACAGUAGGCAAAUUUUAGGGUUUACCUCGGUGUAAGAACCCAUGAACUCUUUCUUUGUUUUGUACUUUUUGUUUUCUAGGUUUUAUUGUGUUGACUUCCUUGUUUUCUUUGUUUUACAUCACCGGUGAGUUUAACAGGUUCUUACACCCAGGAUGAGCCAAAUUUGGAAGGUUCAGUAGCAUAAAUGAAUAGCAUCGCUUUAAAAAAAAGCAUUAGGAUAACUUUUAAAAAUAAGAAAAAGGAAAUUAUUGAACAAAAUAUCAUUGUAGCGUCAUUUAUAUCAUUUAUAUCGGUUUCAAGUCGUAUAAGACUUGUGUGUACACAAAUCGAAUCAACGUGCCCACGGUUUUUUGAUUAGCAAAGAAAUUUGCAUGUGAUAAACACGAUUUUUUCGGCCAAUCAGAGGUGUUAAUUUUCGGAUUCUUCCAGAGGUUAGUGAUCCCUGUCGCUGUGCAAAAGGAUCGCGGCCUCUGGGAACGAGAUUGGAAUCUGAAGACAUUAAUCAGUCGCAUUAAUCAUAAAACAAUUUAUUUCUUUCAAAAAUAAUUUUCAUACUCUAUUUAUUCUGUGGUUGUUUUUAGGAGGUUGCAAUGCGAGCGUCCCAAUACGAACCUUUCAUAACUGACAAAAAGGAAUGGAUUAGUGAUAAGUACUUCACUCAACAACGUUUGGCAGGAGUCAAUCCCAUGUCUUUGAGGCGAGUGACUUUCCAUGGUGCCUCUGAAGGUCAGUGAUUCUCUCUUUGAACUCCCUUCUUAUUGGAAAAAAGUUGCUUUAAUUUAAUCUUUUAUCAAAUGCUUCCAACAAGCCAAUUUCCUUAAAUAAUGAAAAACGGGGCAAAAUUAUACAGUUUACAGUCCUGUUUGGAAAAAACUGCUGUUUAAAAGGCCUUGGGUAACGAAGACUCGAUACUUUGGAAGUGUCAGUUAAUUUCAGCUUUAUAUCCAAGUGUGUGUGAAUUUUAAGAGCUGGGGUCUACAUUUACGCUAACACUUUUCAUCUAGGAGUGAUAAUACAUUUCUUUUAAAGAAUUCCUUAAGCCUAAAAGCAAAUACACAACAUGUUUUUUUUUUUCACCAUUCCAGAUCGAAUUGGAACUGAUAGUUUUUGAGGAAGAGUUACAUUCGGAGAACUUGGAAAUUAAUGAGUUAUUUCUUUCUCCCGCAGAACCAAUAGGACUGGACUGGGACAAACUUAAGGAAUUGCUGAACCCCAAUUUUGACUGGGAAACUGCUGUUCAAAAGGUUUUGGGUAACGAAGACUCGAUAGCGGAGGUAAGUGUUUCCUCGUAUUUGUCUCUAGUUUCUAUUAAUUAUGCACUCCCUUAGUGCUGUGCUUGAAUUUAUAGCGCUCUGGUCUGAAUUUUUCUUCCACAGCUAAGACCGAUUUACUAGACUGAGGUACGUCGAGUACUGUCAUUAGUUAGUACGAUAAGAUUAAAGUCUGCUUGUGUUUUCUUAUUAUUUCUUAUUUGUUUCCUUUAUAGGCCAUUAUACAGGGCCGCGUUUAUGCCCUCCGUUAUGAACUGUGUGACGACUUGCCCAGAGAACCAGACCUCACAGAUAGUGAUCCACGAAGGACCAUGUGGGACACUCUUUCUCCAAUUGCUUUGUUUGUAUCUGCACCAGACUUCAUAACAAAACAAAAUAAGCUUGCUCCUGUGGCUAUUCAAAUGGACUAUACCCCCGGUACGGCAAAUUUUUUUUGGACCUCUUUCUGGAAACAGUUUUAAUUACGCUUGUAUUCCUUUAUGUAACUUCAACUAAUUUAGGCGCGGUUAAAACGUCGCAUUUCACGUAAGAGGAAAAUCUAUUGCUCCCGUUCACUUGACGUAAAAUGCGAAAUGUAAAGUUAGAACCGGGUCUAAAUAGAUUUAUGCUUCAUGUUCCUUUAGAUAAUAAUCAUAAAGUCAAUUAUUGAUGUUACUUGGAUACCAAGUAAUGAUAUUUCCAUUUUGGGAUAAAUUUGGCCACAGGGGUGGCUUCUUAUUUACUAAAAGCAACUGAGCCAGGAAAAACAGAAACACAAUUAUCCCAGAUAAGGUGAGGCACGCCCGCGAUCCAGGAGAGUAAAGUACAAUAAAAUGAAAGGGGUGCCCUACAAAUGAAGAUAACGAUGUCCAGACGGGUACACGCCUUCAAUGGUCGCUGGAGAAAUGAAGCAUUGAUCAGUCACAUUGUGCAUAAAAGCAUUUUAUUUCUUGGAGAAACAAAUUUCCCACAAACCAUGCUUGUCUAUUGUUGGUUUCACACUAGAGCUUCAAGUAGAAUGUAAGUAGACUUGGAACCUACUUUUGAGUGUGAAGGGGUAAAUUAUACCUAAUUAAACUUUACUUUGUGACUAUGGAAAUGUUCGUAGUUCAAAGAAGUCGAAGUUCGCCGCCAAGUAUGGGCUACACCACACUUGAGAAAUAGAAGCCAUGUGCACGAUGUGCACGUCAACAAGUGUAAGGCAUGUUUCCUACAGAGCAACUUAAGAUUUCUAAGUACACUUGCUUACUUGAAACAAACCAAGCUUCUAGUGUGAAGCCAAGUUAUACUUAAAAAAUAAAAAUACAUGCAAGCUAGCACAUAAUGGGUAUUAAUUUUAAUAACAAAUAGUGCUAUCACGAAGAAAGGGGGAAAAACAGAAAUAUAAUUGUUGGCUUACAUUAGAACUCUCAAAAAUAAUCUAAGUUUACCUGGAACCUACAGCUUUUACUUCAAGUAACAUACUCGUCAACAAGUUUGAAGCCACGUUUCUUCAGAGAGACUUACGAUUUCCACGCGCUCUUGAAUCAAUAAAUGCUUACUUGAAACGAACUUCGCUUCUAGUGUGAAGCUAACGAAUAUCUCUUGAGCUGCAAGUUUCAAUUGUGCUUACCUCCUUUUGCAUUCUUACAUGUAGAAUCAGUGGUUUUUACGCCCGAAGACGAAGGCAACUGGAUGAUGGCUAAACUGAACGUUCAAGUCACAGAUCUUGCAUACGCGCAAAUAGUGGAACAUCUUGCUAAGGUAAUUUAUUAUUGUUGCUUACGAUAGAUGUACGGCCGCCCCGACCUGUUGUGGAUGGCCAUGGGAUAGUAGGCUCUUAAUUUAGUUAACCAUUUCUAUCAUUUCAAUAUGGUGGCAAAACUCUGUUAGUUUCAGGCCACGAGUGUAUCCCUUAGACGGAAAUGGAACUUCCCGGCACAAACUAGCCUCUCAAAUUUUGGGUAAUAUAUUUCUCUAUUCAUUGAAUUGUGUCGAUUUUUAUAUUUAAAGGCGGCGGAAUAUCGAAUAACCAGCCAUAAAGUCGUCUGAAACUCUCACUCCCUUUCUACAUGCAUUUAUUGCUGUUGUUUAAAUAGUAGGUCAUGAGGUGAUAUUUAGAGUACCUUUAAUUAGUGAUUAAUAAUUAAUUAAUGAUUAAUUAAUUCUAAAAUUUGCUGGGUUUAUAUGUAUUCAUUAUUCAAGGUUCAUUUCCUGAUGGAACCAUUCUGUGUUAUAUUACGACGCACGCUGUCCUCUCGGCACCCGUUGUAUCAAAUACUACAGUAUCAUUGUCGAGAUCUCUUAAUACCGAACACAAUCGGAGCUCCUGUUCUUGUUGGCGAAGGAGAAUAUAUGGAUCAGCUAUUUGCAUUUGGAAGUAAUGGAACUGAUCGACUUUUGAACGAUGCACAUCCAUUAUCCACAUGGAACGUUACAGAUUUUAGGAAAGAGUUAAAAGUGAGUUGUUACUUAAGGCAACUUACCAUUCUUUUAUUCACUGAUGUCAGGCUAUGCCAGCAGCUGUCUCAUGCGUUUCCAUAUAUGCUUGUUCGUAAAUUAUCUAUGUCAUUACAUUUCCUUAAAAUAAGCCAUUAGAAAAAGGCCGCCACUGAACGCGAAGUAUAGUAGAUCUCCUUGGACGCUUGGGUACGAAGGAAGGAAUAUUCUAAUAUUCUAAUAAGAGAGUAUAUUGAUGAUAGCAAUAGACCUUUCCCGCAUUACGCUCCAGUGAGCAAACAUAAAGAAAUGAGGUCGAGGCUCGGGUGGACAAUUUCAUACAAAUCACUGUAUUUUGUCCACCCGAGCCUCGACUUGGUGCCUUUGUUUACAGGAAUGCAGGAAAGAUCUAUUAUGGACAAAAUUCAAGAAAAUUAAGUGAUGAUCCGGGUAAGGUGAUAGCAAUUUCUUUUGUUGUGCGGCAACGGUGCUUUCCCCACGUAGGAAUGUUCUCAUUUUUACACAGAGAAUACAUAAACCUACAUGAAGGCAGUUUACGCAAUAAUAUGCAUUUACACUCCACUUUGAAAGGGUGUUUUUUUGUGUUAAAAGAUUUUGACCAAUCACAAGAGUUGAAAACAAUAGCCAAGAAAAGUUUACAAUUUUACAUGUUCCCCACAUAGGAUUUCUUUGUUAUUCAAACUGAGAUCAGAUUUUGUUAUAUGGAAGGUAGUUGGAAAGUAAGGAUGAACAUAUGUACCGCUUUAUGAAGUUUUGUUAACUUUUGCUGUUUAAGCCAAUCAGAAGUAAAUACAGACAAUAGAAAAGUUAGCACCUUUUUUGUAUUCCAACAUGUUCGUUGCCGUUGUUGCUAUCGUUCUUAUCUGGACCGUUUCUUAAAACGAGAUCAGAAUUACCUGGGUUUUUCUCAAGAGUUUUUCAGUUUAGGUCAUUCGUUUGAAACUUUAAUCAAUAAUGUUAGGGAAAAUAUGUCAUUCAGGGGGUUGUUCAAAAAAUGUUGAUAAGAUUAUUUACCAGAUAAAAAUCAAAUUUCAAGGAUGAGGUGCAUAUCUGCUCAUAGCGUUAUUUAUUUGUCUUAUUCUGUGAGAGUUUUAACUGCAAUUUUUUGUCAAUGAUCUCAAAUCACUUUGUAAACUUUUGUAAUGUUGUAUUUAUUAGAAACGCGGAGUGGAUGAUAAGGAUCUCCUUCCAUACUUCCCUUACCGAGAUGAUGGGGAGAAAAUCUUGGAGGUUAUUGAAAACUUGGUGAAGGAAUAUGUAGACUUGUAAGUAUGUAGAAGAUAUGGAACGAAUAUCGCAACCGGUUACAUAACAAUUAUUCACCGAGGUGGAGGUGGCUAGUUGUGGAUAUUUACCUGGCAGCUUCCACUAGCCACCGAUACUGAGGUGAAUAAUUGUUUUAGUAUAUACUAGAACAGUGAGAUAAUUGAGCACAAAAAUGAUUAGUUUUAACUCAUUUACCGUUGCCAACGACAACAAUUUUAGCGAGCAAUGACCGAACCGGCGGUCGCCGCGUUUUCUUAUCGACAAAUAGAACUUUUGAAGGCAAUUGUUUAGCUCUUGCGGGGAAAUUUCUUCAAAAGGAGUUGUGAAUUCGUUUUAUAUUUAAAACCAUCCUGUAAAAAAAACAUUAAGUCUAGUCUUAAGCUUAUUUGUAAACAUGUCAGCUAAAUAAAGUAACGCAAGACUUAAUUUACAUUUGCAAACAAAAACGUUUUUUUUUCCGCUUUCAUCGAUAAAUUCAAGUCAAACAGGCAAAGCCUUACCUGUUAAAAAUUCCAAACCGAAUUUCGUCACCUUCUUCGUGUAUUUUGGGAACAGCUUGUUUGAUUAUUUGUGAAAUUUCUUUGUUUGUUAAGGCAGCAAACUGCGGGAAGCCAUUUUGCUCGUAACUUACACGAGUUUGGAGUCGCUUGCUCGGAGGAACUGGAGGUGAAUCAGUGAAUAGCACUGGAUAUCCCGAGUUUGAGUAGGCAAUCAGGGCGCGCGAAAAACACUAUCCACUGUUUAAUUAUAUACUAAUCUGGUCUAUGAAUCGAAUUUACCCAAACCUAAAGGCGGGGCUACCAUUAAACUCUUUCAAUAUAUUAACUUGGAAAUUAAAAUGUUAACUUUUAACCGUGCAAUUCAAUAAUCUCGAAGCCACUAUCCAUAUUGACAAGUUAUUUAACAAUUAUUCACCGAAGGCGAAGUUGAUAUUGUUGAAAUAAUUAUUCAGCAAUAGGUGAAUAAUUGUUUUAGUAUACGGCUACUUCGAGAAAGGCUGUCGGAAAAAGUGCACGCGACAUUCCCUAAAGGUAUAUUUUGUGUGGUUUUGAGUUAACAGUUCGUUCGCACGAACGACCAUGGACGUACCUAUGUUUGCGAAUGCCAAAGGAAAGCACCAGAAGUAGGUUCAACAGCUACUGAGUGUCAGGAACAGUGUAUUGAUCAUAUCCCAUAUCACCUUUCGGGAUUGUCGCGAGCACAUUUUUUCCUACCACCUUUCUCAAAAGAGCUGUAUACACACAAAGACAGUUAGUGAUCUCAACAGAAUCAGAAAGGAAACCAUUAGAAAACCGUUUAGUUUGAUUAACGGAUGAAUUCGUGCGUUGAUGAGAAAACAAAUUUGUGGAAAAUUCCAAGUCGCUCUAUAUUUUCGAACGAUUCGCCGGCUGUUUUGCUUAGAUAUUGAAGAAAAAUGUAUAUUUAUACAAUGUUACACAUUAAAAAAAGACAACUUUUCUGCCCUUUCCAAUAAGGUACAGCUUUAAGGCAUUAUAAAUAAUAGCAGAGAUAUAAUUUUAAAAGGUACAUGGUCAACUUACGUAAAACCUAGCUGCAUGAAAAUUUUGUAUAAAAAUAAAAGGUUUGUUCUGGUAAUCAUUAAAUCUUACAUUAAAUAUCUUUUAAACAUGGUCCAUUUUCCGAAGAACUAUUAAUUUCCUUCUAAAAUAAAUUAUUGCCGAGCUAGCAAACGAGCACCCAAUAGCUUUAUAUGGCGCUGUAAAUAACAGCAGAGAUAUAAUUGGAAAAUGGAACAUGUUUAAAGAUCUCUAAUGUGCCAGCGAAUAAUAUAAUUGAAUGAGCGUUAACAUCUAAGGGCUGCCACCUAUCCUUACCCCAAUUAGAUUCAUAAUAAAGAAUUAUAUUAUUAUUUACUGUGCUCCGCAAGUGUUUGUUUCCAGAAAUUGAAUUAUUGCCUUGAAUUUCAUCGUGUUUUAGGUAUUAUUACGACAAUCUUGACGUAAAGAAUGACAAGGAAUUUCGCAAUUACCUCAAUGAGUUGUCUACUGAUGGAUCAUUUUUCUUCCACGGUCGCAUUGGAAAGGUAAUCUUACGGAGUCAUAUUGCUGAUAAGCUGUUCUGCUUGUUUUCUGCUGUAGCGUCAUCUAGCUGCCGUACAACUAACCUCAAGGCGAGAUGGCUUUGUUCUCCAUAAGACUUUCUGGGACACAUGCAGGGAAUAGAGCGCCCCAUGCAAUCAGGCCCCGGAACAUCUGGGAGGGUAUAGAUUCUAUUUCUGAAGGGAACUCAAGGAUUUAAGCCUCGUGACGUCAUGAUCACCAAAAACAUCUAACUUUUGUUUGUUGUGGCAAAUAUCUUGCCUCUUAAUUACAGAAUAAAUUUCGUCCGUAACACAGGCCUAUCGGACUUUUAAGAUUAGCUGGAAAAGUAUUUUUUUACACUAAGUAGAAAGAAAGAUUAAUUUCGUUCGAUUCUUUUCCCAUGUGAUUUGUCCAAAAAGGAUGCGUCAUUUUGUACAUGGAACUUACUAGCAAACAGUUUAUGUUUCAUAAUUCUUUUUGAACUGAUAAUGAUCAAAUUUAAAAAGAACGCCAAUUUUCCCUCUUUGGGGAAAAUACCUAUAGACGUAUAAUAAAGGGACGCAGAUAGGGUGAGCGUUGAUAUCGAAAGGGAUUAAUUUCGCAAUCGGUUUUCUAUUGUUUGAUUGGUCAAAAGAAGUCGCUCUAUCCUUCUUUACUAAUCAGGCUCGGCCAGCAAAGUAAACCAGUCUUAGCUUUUUCCCUCUUGGUGCCGGUAACAUGCAUUUGCCUCCAAAAUUUGAUGGCGAUCAUGAUGAUGAUUAUUGUUUUCUAAAACUGUCUACUAUAGAAUAGAGCGAUUUUCGUAUGACUUUGAAAUCACAUAAAAACGCACGCACAAAACAGAAACAACAAAAGAACGGAAAUAGAGCGAUUUGAUUGGUUUAUCGAACGGAUACAAACGCGCGUGGCUUUUGGUUGGUUAAGCGAACUCUCGGGUUAAGAAAACUUUAUGCCCGAGAAACUUUCUAGAAAUCAUUCGAUACUUCGCUUUACCGUCAUACUGAAACACGAUUAGCCAAUCGAACAAUGCCUUCUUCAUAUUAGGUUUUUCUUAGGCCGGAAAACAAAGAGUCCAUGUUUUGAUCUUUUCAUCCAUUGGCUGAUAUAAAAGACAAAAUACCGAUCACUUAUCGAAACCAUUUUUCAAGGUCAUACGAAAAUCGCUCUAUCACUAAAAAGCCCAAACCGUUCUUAUAAAUAUUAAAAUUUACUGGUCCAUUCACCCUAUAAAUGGACAGCAAUGAAUCAACAUUGUGUCAAUUUUAACAGAUUCAAGGUUUACCUCCAAAGAUCAGUACUAAAGAAGAACUCUGUGAUAUUGUAACCCGGAUCAUCUCACAACUGAGCCUCCAACACGCCACAGUCAACUACCCGCUAUCAGACUAUGCUGAGUACACUCCUAACCUACCAACGAAGCUGUACAAUGACACCAGACUGAAGGAGGGGGAAUUCUCGGUUCUCCGACUGCCAAACAGGAAUACUUCUGUCGUAAGUUUAUCAAUUAGCAGGUUCCGUUGUUGGUUAAGUGUGUUUGAAGUUGCUGGGCUAAAAGUCAUAAUAAUAUUGUAGUAAUCAAAUAGCUCACGAAUACAGCUUUAAAAAAUGCCUCCUCUGGCUUGUCCCCAAUCUUCUCUAAUCCUUUGCAGGAUCGGAGACUACUACAGCAUCUCUGCAAAGGGGAUGAUGGGAAGCGAAGGGGAAAAGGAAGAGGCUCCGCAUUUCCCUUCUUCCCAUUUUCCACCGCGGCAAUCUUCAAUGCGCUACAAGCCAUGAAAUCUCAGAACAAAUAUGAACAAUGUUGAAUAUUGAACCCAUCGAACAUCGACUACCUUUCCGUCAUGUAAAACACAUAAUACAUUUAUUAAAAAACUUUUUUCAUAUAAAAAUGCAAAAUUUGGCUAACAAAACUUGGUUGCCAUGGUAACGUUAAUGUAAACAUACACGUUACGAAUUGCUUAGUUUAGCGAUAAUGGUCAUACUAAUUGAACGCCGUUUUCUUUGAACAGUCAGAGACUUGACAGUUAAAUAUGUAUAUAUAUGAAAACCUUCAAAAAUUCAGAACAAAAUAUAUAUCUUACGCCAUCACUUUAAAAUGUCCGUAGAAUCUAAGAGGGCAUUCAUCCAACUAAUUUCCUCUGGUUUCUCUUUUCUUUUUAUUUAGUAUGUUUUAUUUUAUGAUUAUGAUUAUGAUUAUAAUUAUGAUUAUUAUUUUAUCAUCCGCUACAUCAACAACUCCCUCCCUACACUUAAGAAUAUGGCAAGAUGGGGAUUAUCACAAAGCCCUGAUUGCUCCUUUUGCCUUAAUCCUGAAUCACUCCUUCAUGUUGUCGCUGGUUGUCAACAGUACCGUGAUCGCUUUACCUGGAGACACGACUCAAUCCUUAACUUCAUUGCCAAGUCACUUCAACCUGUAAUUAAUGUUCACUCUUCACUCUAUGCAGAUGUUAAUGGUUUUCUGAAUAAUAAUAAUAAUAAUAACUGGUGAAAAUUGUCGUCCAGAUCUUCUAACCUUAAAGAAACCUUAAAAACGAAAAAUAUCUGAACUUGAUCAACGAAAUGAGUAGAAAUUAAAGAUAUGUGAGAUUUGUAAAUCUCUCCAUGAGCUCAUUUGGCGUUUUCUCCGAUGAAUGCUCCACGUUCUUAGACAUGAUGAAUGACAUUGGCAUUGACAAAAAGCAGCAACUUUAUAUAACCAAGAAAAUGAUAAAUAUAGCCAUUAGAGCAACAUAUUACAUCUUUUGUUGUAGAAAUAGGAAUUGGGAUAGCCCAGACUUAAUGCAAUUUUGAUUUCUUUUCUUUUCUUUCUUUUCUUUUUUAUUCCUUUUGUUUUGUUUUGUUUUUAUGAAUAAUCCAAUCUCAAGCUGCAUUUGUAAAUUGGUUAUAUGUAGCGAGAUUUACAAUUGCAUAUUCAAAAACACAAAUAAAAGUUCCAAUAUUAUUAUUAAUAACUUUGUUUCUUUUUAAUAUCAGGGACGGAUAAUUCUCUUUUGUAAAUGACUGUGGACUGCCUGCAAGAGUUAUUGAUCGCAUUUCGGAAAUCGUUAUUGACAGAAUGACUGUAUUUUUAUGAUUUAUAUAAUUCUUAAUGUUAUAUAGUGCUUUUCUUAAGGAAAAUAUUUCUUAAAAAUUGAAAGUCGAAUAAAAACGACAUUAUUUUAAUUAUCGUUGGACUAAAUGAAGAAAAGUGGCUUGAAUAAUCCCGGUUUCAACCUCCAACUGUAAUUUCGACCUUGUGAACUCAGUUAAUAAAUCAUUUCACGUUUUAAUUCUUUUUUCAGGUCGAAGCCAGCUUCAGUAACUCCCUGGCGUUAUACCGUUUUGACACUUUAUUUGACUACGGCAACAACCUUGAGGACAUCAAAGCUGUCAAUCUUAUCAACGAAUAUUACAGCUACCUCAUGUACAAUGUUCAACCUAAGAUGCAAGAAGUGAAUGAAGAACGAAAGGAAAGAGGUGAUCUGACCUACCCCUACCUUAUCCCAAGAUGGAUACCUAAUGGCAUUCAGACCUGAACAAUUUUCCAACCAUAUUAAGCGAGUAGAACACGACACUAGUUUGAUUUUUUGUUCUUCUAGUAAGCUUAGGAGGCAGCACAUUCUGAUGCACUUUUUACUAUCCCAGAAAUGCAAGUUUUGCAAUUGAGAUUCAUAUCUAUCUUUUGUUAAGUUAG